GGGAGGGGAAGAGUCUAUUUGCCAGGACACGAAGCUGUGUCCGUGCAGAGCCCGAGUGCUCUGAGCGCGGGCGAAAGCCGGAGCGGCGCCAGCGCAGGGCUGAGACCUAGGCGGAGCCGGGGCGAUGGAGAGAGAGAGAAAAGGAGGCGGCACAGUCAGAGGACAGAACCGGGGCUCAGGGGCACAGCGAGGCUCGGCCGGCGGAGCGGCGGCAUGCGGCGGUGUCGGGGCGCGGGGUUGGCGGCGCCGGCCGCGCUGCUGCUCGUGGCUGCCGUCAGAGCCCAAUUGCAGCAGGAGCCAUUCCUGGAGAUCCUCGAGGGCACCAGCAUCAGCAUCAAGUGCUCUCACCCCAAUAUCAAAACUGGCGAUUUCAUCCACUUCUACCGUCAGCUGCCGGGCCAAAGGCCCGAACUCUUGGCCUUGACUGCUAAAGCAGCCAAGGAGGUGCGAGUCCCUAUAGGGCGCAUGUCGGUGUCGGCAGAUCGGCGUUCGAGCGCGCUGUGGCUCGCUGGGCCCCGGCGCGGGGACGCGGCCGUGUAUUACUGCGCGCUGGGGGCCCGGCCAGAGCAGCCGGGGCUGCGGCCGGGCACGAACCGCCGCGGGCGGGGCCAGCAGGGGGCGCUGCCGCUCCGCCCGCCGCCCUCCCGGGCCGCCGCUCCGCAGCUCCUUCCUCUGCCCCGAGCCCGCAGCACCGACAGCGCACAGCCCCGCACGGCCCCCAGCCCGCCCGCAACCUGCGCUCACACAGUCCCCCCACACAGCCCGGCCUCCCCUCGCUCCCGAGCCCGACUCUGCCUCACACCGAACUGCUGCGGGCUGCGCCUCUGCCAGCGCCUCUCGCUCUCCGGCCACGGCUGAUGCUGCUGCUCUCAGCCGGCUUUGCAAA